AACAAAGUUCCCCACCUCCCCCCAUACCCUCUUGAAAUCAGCUGUCAAACGUCUGGUGCUGUCAAAGCAGAUCUGCUUUGGAUAUUUCAAAAUCGAGGUGAGAGUGCGGCCGAAGGAAAACAAUUGUUGUGAAAUAGUGAUCGAAAACGUAAAUAAAAUAGUCAUUCCCACGCAUCGCUCGUUGCAGAACAGCACCCGGGAAAGAGCGAGGGCAGUAAAUUUCCAGUGAAACUAUGGCCUCCAAGAUCGUGGCCACCGCCACCGUGCGUGCCGUGAAGCAUCGGAAGCUGCUGCCGAUGAGAGCAGCACUGUCGCUGACACCGGCAGCAGUGAACAGGAUAAAGCAACUACUGGAAGGCAAAACCGAAUUUAUCGGUCUCAAGGUUGGUGUACGACAGAGGGGAUGCAAUGGGUUGUCCUACACGCUGGAUUACGCCGCAACGAAAGAUAAAAUGGACGAGGAAGUGGUGCAGGACGGUGUGAAAGUACUGAUCGACAAGAAGGCACAACUUUCGCUUUUAGGCACGGAAAUGGAUUACGUUGAAACGGACCUGUCGGCGGAAUUUGUAUUCAACAAUCCCAACAUCAAGGGCACGUGCGGCUGUGGCGAAUCGUUCAGCAUCUAACGAGGCAGAGCAGCAAAUACGAAACACUGUAAGUUGCUUCGCGAUAGAAAAAUGGGAUCGCUUCCUUGCUUCUCGGGACGACGGUCCCGCUACUUUCUCGUGGUUUGUUGUUUUAGAUUUGUUGAAUCUAGCGUUGAACAAAGGGAGAUUCACCUUGUCCUGUACAUAACAUAAUUUAGCUUGUUAGUAGCGUUAUUUUGAGUGUAAUAAAUUAGCCGUGUUGAGUACCUAAAA